AAUGGUAAACUUCGGCUCGGACCAUUAACAGUCCUGCAGGCCUCGGAAGGCUUGGCGUUAAAAUCACCAACUGCCCGCAAAACGAUCCAUCCCGUUGGGGUUUCUCCAUUCUUUGCACUUCUCCCAACCAAAACCCCAAUACGCCGACGUUUCCUUCGUCACAAGUCAAAAUCCCCGGCUAGCGCCACCAAUGACCAACUACGGCACAAUCCCGACCUCCUCCGGCGGCGGCAGCAGCUCCUCCUCGACCUCCCGCGCCGCCAAAGACCGAAUCAGAGACGGCCUCGGCACCCUCCGACCAUGGAAGUCGAUGCUCGACAUCCGCAGCUUCGGUCUCCCCGGAAACAUAGCCAACGCAAUCGGCCGCCUCAAGACGAAUUCAGCCUACUUCCGGAUGAACUACGCCGCAAUUGUUUUGGGGAUCUUGUUCCUCAGCCUCCUCUGGCACCCAAUCUCGCUAAUCGUCUACAUCGCCGCAAUGGCCGGCUGGCUGUUCCUCUACUUUCUCCGCGACUAGCCGCUGGUGGUGUUCGGGAGACUGAUUGGCGACCAGGCUGUGCUGGCGGGGCUUUCGGUGCUCACGGUGGGUGUGCUGCUCCUCACCGAUGUUCUGUGGAACACCGUGGGGUCCCUUCUGGUCGGAGCAGCGGUGGUUCUUGCUCACGGAGUAACGAGGAAGACGGAGGAUUUGUUUGUUGA